GAAUCCCAACUGAUGUGCAGAAUGCUGAAUCUUCUCAUCAGGACGCAUCAGACAGAGCGGAAUAGAGGACUCGCAUAAUCCCGGGGCGGCAUUUUGCAACUUGUCUCCUCGAGCGUGGCGCCAAGCCUCCUGUAGGUAGGGAGGGGGGGUCUGGGUCCAAAGCAGCGGGUGGAGGGCGUCCGCGGACACCCCGCUCGCCCCGCCAUGUCGCCUUUCAUGCCCUGCCCCUUGGCGUGGCCUUCCGAGAGUUUCCAGGGCUGGCAGGGGUUGCUUCCCAUCGGCGCACUCUCUGUCACCCCCGGCCAACCCCAGCGGGCAAGGCUCCCCCAAGCCCAGACCUUUUGACUCCCUGCUCCCUCGAUCCCGCCUCCGCUCCCGCCCCCGCCCGGGGGUGGCCGUGGAGAGCCGGACCUCGCCCGGCAGGCCGGCUAGGACCAUGGUGUUUCUCUCUGGAAAUGCCUCAGACAGCUCCAACUGCACUCACCCGCAGGCUCCGGUGAACAUUUCCAAGGCCAUUCUGCUCGGGGUGAUCUUAGGGAGCCUCAUCAUUUUCGGGGUCCUGGGGAACAUACUCGUGAUCCUCUCCGUGGCCUGCCACCGGCACCUGCACUCGGUCACGCACUACUACAUCGUCAACCUGGCGGUGGCCGACCUUCUGCUCACGUCCACCGUGCUGCCCUUCUCCGCUAUCUUCGAGAUCCUGGGCUACUGGGCCUUCGGCAGAGUCUUCUGCAGCAUCUGGGCGGCGGUGGACGUCCUGUGCUGCACCGCGUCCAUCCUGGGGCUCUGCAUCAUCUCCAUUGACCGCUACAUUGGCGUGAGCUACCCGCUGCGCUACCCCACCAUCGUCACCCAGAAGAGGGGACUCCUGGCUCUGCUCUGCGUCUGGGCGCUCUCCCUCGUCAUCUCGGUGGGGCCUCUGUUCGGCUGGAGGCAGCCGGCCCCGGAGGACGAGACCAUCUGCCAGAUCACCGAGGAGCCCGGCUACGUGCUCUUCUCGGCGCUGGGCUCCUUCUACGUGCCGCUCGCCAUCAUCCUGGUCAUGUACUGCCGGGUCUACGUGGUGGCCCGGCGGGAGAGCCGGGGCCUCAAGGCGGGACUCAAGACCGACAAGUCGGACUCGGAGCAGGUGACGCUCCGCAUCCAUCGGAAAAACGCCCCGGUAGGAGGCAGGGGGAUGCCCAGCGCCAGGAACAAAGCGCACUUCUCUGUGAGACUCCUCAAGUUUUCUCGGGAGAAGAAAGCCGCCAAAACACUGGGCAUCGUGGUCGGCUGCUUCGUCCUCUGCUGGCUGCCUUUUUUCUUAGUGAUGCCCAUAGGGUCUUUCUUCCCUGACUUCAAGCCCUCUGAAACAGUUUUUAAAAUAGCAUUUUGGCUCGGAUACCUAAACAGCUGCAUCAACCCUAUUAUAUACCCAUGCUCCAGUCAAGAGUUUAAAAAGGCCUUUCAGAAUGUCUUGAGAAUCCAGUGUCUCCGCAAAAAGCAGUCUUCCAAACGGGCCCUGGGAUACACCCUGCACCCGCCCAGCCACACCUCGGAGGGGCAGCACAAGGACCUGGUGCGCAUCCCCGUGAGCUCAGGAGAGACCUUCUAUAAGAUCUCCAAGACAGAUGGGGUCUGUGAAUGGAAGUUUUUCUCUUCCUUGUCUCGUGGAUCUGCCAAGAUUACAGUGUCCAAAGACCAAUCAGCCUGCACCACAGCCCGGGUGAGAAGUAAAAGCUUUUUGCAGGUCUGCUGCUGCAUGGGGCCCUCGACCCCCAGCCAUGGAGAGAACCAUCAAAUUCCAACCAUUAAGAUCCACACCAUCUCCCUCAGUGAAAACGGGGAGGAAGUCUAGAGGACAGGAAAGGUCAGAAGGAAGGGGGGAUAAUCUUAGG